AUGAAUAGCAAUAUUUUCUGCCAAGAGUGCCAGGUUUCAUUCGCACACCGUGCAUCAUUGUUUCGUCACAUGAGGCGGAAACAUGGAGAGAAUCCCAGACUUGUUUAUCCUAAUGCCUGUUCCUUGUGUGAAAAAACUUUUAAGAAUAAACGUUCGUUAACACGACAUAUCACCCAAGUGCACGCCAAUAUCCCACCAACUUCUUCUACAUUGUCCUUAGUUCGUUCCAAGUCCUUACCUUCAUCUACUACCUCAGCUGUGUCAUUAAUUCAACACUCAACACACUUGUUUUCUCCGAAAUCCUCUGGUUCACCAUCCAAUUCAUCCACGCAAGUUACUUGUCAUCCAUCUUCUAUUCCCAAAUCUCCACUCAGUUCAAAGGUAAAUAUUAAUUCUGAUCCAUCUACCUCAGCUCCUCUUGGGACACGUCCUCAUAUGGCUUUAUUGCCACAACCCUCCAAUUCAUCCAGGCAAGUUACUUUUCAUCCAUCUCCUAUUCCCAAUUGUCCACUCAGUUUGAAGGAAAAUUUUACAGGUACACCCUCAAGAAAUAAAAGGAUUAUAUGUCCAUUUCCUGAAUGCUAUUUGGUUUUCUCCAGAUAUAAUAAUUUUUACAAUCAUUUUGAGUCUCACCACAAUACCAUAAUUGAUUAUGAAGAAGUUGUGUUUCAAACAUUAAAUGAUUUUGUACUAUGGAAAUCGGAUGUCGAACAGAAGGAGAAUUCACAUUACAUUCAAGGAAAUUCGGGAUAUACCACAUCAAAGAACUGCAAGACAAAAUAUUAUAACUGUCACAGGUCAUAUACUUAUGAGCAGCAAAACACAAUACGCACUUCUACUAAAAAUACUAUCAAAACUGGAUAUGCAUGCCCUUCAAGGAUCGCUUGCACUGUUGAUGGUAAUCAUGCAGUUAAAGUGCGGUUUUGGAAAACCCAUAUAGGACAUACAAAGCAGAUCAACAAAUCUAUUUCAUUAGAUAAACACUCAAAAGAAAAUAUCAAGGAUGAAAUAAUAACAGGAGUUUCAGAGGACAAAAACCUCAAUAAUAUUCGGGAUAGUGCAUACAAAGGAAAUUUAUCCCUAGAUCCUACUAAUACGGGGUUCGAUAAUAGCAUUUUGGAAACGGAAAUGCUUGAAAAAUCAAACAAAUUAAGAAGCUGUUUUGAUAAUAAUACAACAGAUAUAAUAGAACAGCGAAACAAUGUUGUAUUUGCAACAGAUUCAUGGUCUUCAAUCAUAUCCGGGUUAGAUUUUCUUAGGAAUGAAAUUUUUAAUAUAAAAGAUACAGCAGUACAAGAUAAACAGAGUAAAGCAUUUGCAAGAGCUUUUGCUGAAUUUUCUGCUGUACUACCAAGCUUUCGAAGAACUCAAGACGCAAACAUACAGAAACAUAUCGCAACACAGCGAUCAAAAUCAACUCCAAAAUAG